AUGCCUCCUGUGGGAAAAAGGGACAACGCCGCGGGCGGUGGUAAUGGAGGAAGGGUCCAGAAUGGGAACCGACCCGGUUUCCGAACCGAUUCUGCGAUAUCAAACAGCCGCCAGGGAGGUGAGAGGGUUCUCCAGAGAUGGAUGCCCGAUGCGAACGACGCAGUUGAUGACAGCUUGGAGUCGCCGAACAGUGGCCGCGGGUGGGACCAGUUCGCCGAGAACGAGAGGCUCUUUGGUCUACAGACGGACUACGACGAAAGCUUCUACACAACAGCCAUCAAUAAGAAUCAUCCGCAGUACCGCGAGAGAAUCGCUGCUGCAGAUAGAAAAGCGCGUGAAAUUACGUGCAGUGUUGCGGCAACAGCCCACGUUGCCGAAGAGCGCGUCAUGGAUUACGUCGCAGGCCAAGGCACCGAAGAAAACGAAGAGGAUAAAUACAGUGGUGUUCGUCGCCAGGACUUCCCGCCGCUUGGUGGUCAGGAGUCCAAGUACACACCUCCGGCCAUGAGAGCUCCAUCGAGCCAGGCUACCGUCAAGGGAGCUCCUGUGGACCCUGCUAUUAUCUCUUCACAGAUCAAGGCUCCGGGAAAGAAGCCGUCGACGACAGAGGACACUCAGACCCGCAAUGCGGAGACUAGCAAGGAUGGUGCCUCGCAGCAGGCAGGUAACGAGAAUAAGCCCGCGGACGCCACCGUCACUGCAUCAACAACCGCUGAUGCCCGACCAGCCGACAAGGUUGGAGUUCCCACCAGCAAGACAAACUCCAGCUCCCGCAAUCUAUCUCCACAAGUCAAGGAAGGGGCACCCAGUGCGACUUCCACAGUCGAGCGUGACGUGCUGAAAUCGUUCAAGUCGUUCGCCAGCCAACAGCGGGAGAAUGCCCAGAAAGUUCGCAGCAGCAAGGCAAAGGCUGACAAGGAGGUCAAACUGACAGAGCUGAAGAAGUUUGCCAGCAGCUUCAAGCUCUCGACGCCGGUGCCGACAGACCUUGUCUCCAUUAUCGCCAAGGACCCCAACAAGCAAAAGGAGAUACAGGCCAAGGCCAUUAAAAACGCCGAGGACGUGGCCAAGGCCAAGGAGGAGCCCGUUCAGAAGGACAAGGCCCCAGCCCCCAAGGAUGCGCAGGCCAAGCCAGCAGAGCAGAGCACGGCCAAGGACACGCCAGACGCGCGAGUUCCUCGGGGCCCGACGGCCGGGCAGGUAGGACCUCAGGGCGGACCUGGCAACCGCCACCCCGGGCAUCGCCAGCAGUUCCCCCAACAGCAGUACCAGGGAUACCGGAACAACCGCGGCAGCGUGCCCCCGCACGUUCCUGGCGCUCAACAGCAGGGUGGAAACACGCUUGCCCAGCGCAUCCGCAACGGCGACCAGCAAAAGUACGGACAGUCACAGCCUGGUCCGCAGAACGCGGCGGCUCAGGACGUGAGAGCCCCCCCCACUGGGCCGGCUAAUGCUGUCGACAGUGGUUUCAGCCGGCGCUCCAGUGCCAUGUCGUCGUCACACCUGGAAGCCAAGCUGAACCCCAACAGCCACGAAUUUAAGCCAAGCCCCUUUGCCGCGUCGUUUAACCCUGGUGGCCGGCCGAGCGCGGGCUCGAGCCCUCGGUCGGCGGUCAACCAUGUUUCGGAGGCAGCCAACGGUCCGCUGAUUCGGCGCAAGACCAAGGCCAUUGAUGUCAAGAAGUGCUACAUUCUUGGUCACCUCCAGACGAUUACACCGCCGCAAGGUCGCAACUGGGAUGAGAAUGGCGGCCUCCGACCGUCGUUUGACACGCUCCCCACGUGGCGCCAACUCCAGGACGACGAGAAGCCUGAGUCGACCAUGCACCUGACGUACAAGGAGUACUUUGACCGACAGCCGUUUGCCGUAUCGGCAAUGGUGACACCCAACCCGCCGCACGUGGUGCCACAGAUGGCACACCACCAUCAACUGCCUUUCCACCUCCAGCCUCAGAUGGGAGGACCGCGGCAGUCACCGCACAUGGGCCACAUGCAGAUGCACACGCCCCAACACGGUGGCAUCCCCCAGCAGCCAUACGGCCACGACGAUCACAGGAUGGUGCACUCCAACUCUGCGCAGUCGUUUGCCUCACCGCGACUUGGGCAGGCGACGAUGGCGUACCCCGGACCUGGGCAGAUGCCGUACCAGCAGCCCGUCUUUAUGGGGCCUGGUACACCGCAGAUGGGACAGUUUCGCAGCUUCCCCAACAACCCGCAGUACAUGGGGCCCCAGCAAGGUCAGAUGGGCGGCCCGAUGAUGAUGCAGCCACACUUUCUGCCCGGCCCUCAGAGUAUGGUGGGCGGACCGCAGAUGAUGUACCCUGGUGCGCAUAUGGCCAUGGGAGGUCCGCCGCAGCCUGGACCGGGAGUGAAUGGGUAUCCCAGCCCGGGACGGCCGGCGGCACCGAUGAUGGCGCACCAGGGGUCGCAGCAGGGGCAGCCCAUGUACGGCAUGAGCCCCAGCGUGCAGUAUAGCCAGCCGGUGUAUGUCGGACCGGGGCAGCCGCAGCAGCAGCAGCAGCCUGGUGGCCCGAUGCCCCCGCGCGGAUACAACGUGGGACCUCAGCACCCGGGGGCCAAUUCCCAGCAUCAGGGAGGUAAGCUUCAUGGCUCUCAAAACCAGCAACACCGGGGCGGAGCCAACGGCUACGGUCGGCGUGGCCAGGGUCACGGCCAAGGCCAAGGUCAGCAGCAUGAACACGGCCGACAAGGGAACAGCAGCCAGAGAAGCCAGGCCGGAGCGGGUCAGAACCGAACAGCAGCGGCAGCAGCAGCGGCAGCAGCAACAACAACGGCGGCGGCCGAGGGAUCUGACGAAGCCAAAUGA